UUUAAUCAUUUACUGGUCAUUGUAGUAUUAUUUUCAGUUUGUUCAUUUUGUCCACCCUCCAAGAUAAGAAGUACAAAGGAUAUAGUUUCUGUAGUAGCCACUGCUGUAAAAACACUGAAGACUACUUGUUUGCACAAAAGAACAAAACAAAGUGAAACAAAAACAAAAAGCAAAACAAAACCUAAAAAAGCCACCCUGUUGCAUAAGAAUUCUCCUCACCAAGGUAUUCCAGGAUCAGGAUUCACAGAACUGGAACUCUUUAUCCCAGCUAGCUAUGCAUUUCACUGCUUUCACUACUACACUGAAAAAUGGACUGAAAAAUGUCUGAAGGAUUGUUUACUCCAAAAAGCUAGAAUCAAAGACAAGAAAGACUUAUUCUGAUAAAAUCUAUCCCAGCUUCCAGGAAACAUUCAGGAAGGAAGAGGAGCAGAAACACCUUUUAGUUGAUACUCAUAGUGCAGCAAUGGACCUGCAUAAACAACUGGAGAAUACAGAGAGGAACUGGACCAAAGAGAAGAUGGAACUGUUGGAGAGAUUUGACAGUGAAAGGAAGGAGUGGGAAAGUCAGUGGAAGGUCAUGCAGAAGAAAAUAGAAGAGCUUUACCAGGAGGUAAAACUAAGGAGGGAGAGCAAUAUGAAUGGCCGGGAUAAUAAGGCCAUUCAAAACAAGAUGCUGCAGCUAUCUGUAUAUUCCCCUACUUCAGAACGGAGUGACACAGCAGAACUGAACUGUCGACACAACUUGACAAAUGACUGGAUGGAAGAAAAGGGUUUGCUCAGUAAAUCAGAACAUGAAUGUAAAGAAACUAGAACUCAGAGGAAAAAUAGUGUUUUAUUAAGGAACAGUCUGGCCUUUGACAAUCAGGAGAAAUAUGAAGACCUCCUCAGCUUGAAAACUCCUAAGAAAGAUACCAGUAGUUAUGCUGGUGAUCUCAAUGCAGCUCUUAAAGAACUGGCGAAAGUUAGUGAAGAGUUAUGCAGCUAUCAAGAGGAAAUUCGAAAGAAGCCCAACCACAGAAGAAUGAAGUCACUUCCUUUUCUGGAUGAAUUUGAAGAAACCCAAAACACAGUUAUUAUGCCUGAGAUGAACCGCGUGUCCAGCAAUGAACCACGAACUACUUCCCUCACCUUUGAAACAGAAGGACAAAAUAACAGGAAGAACUUGAUGAGUGCCAACAGGGGUUUGAAAGAUUUACCUUGUAGCUCUCUUACUGGUGAUAGAGGAAGCGACUUCUUGCCCUGGCCAAAAAAAGAAGCCCCCCCAGUUCCUCCACGGAGCACUUCUCGACAUCUGACAAGCUCACUUUCUGCAGCUGUACAUGUCUCUGAAGUACCCAUAAAAGAUUCAGGCAGCAGAAGCAACUGUAAGGUUCAGGAGGGUUGGAAUGGAAGGAAAUGUAUUAAUACUUCUCUUGCAAAACAAAGUGAAGCUCCUGUGGCACAUGUAAAUGAAGGGAAGUCUGUGAAAGGUGGUACAGUGGUAACUGCUUCAGUACCUAUAGCCAAAAAAGAAAGAGUCUCUGAGUGCAGUGUAGCGGCAGGUUUUUGUCACAACACAUGGUCAUGUGAUGUGGGCAAGCUGGGAAAAGGUACUCAGAGUGGAUCUUCCCCAUUGUCUGCCCAGAAAAGCUGUUCAGAUGGAAAUAUGGUGCAAACAGAGAAUGUGCACAGGAGACAUUGCCCUAAAUCUCCUAAUGUUCUACAUUAUGGUAAUGACUCCUAUGACCCUGCAAUGCUGCCAAAGGCCCAAAGAAAUGAAACAUUGGCAGCAAAGAUUGAUGAAUUUAACAGGACUGUAUUUCAUACAGAUAAAUGCAACAAAUCUUUGCAAGAAAAUCAGAAGCUUCAAGCACCAACUGGAGAUCAUAAACACUGUGGCCCAGGCUGUGACUGUAUGGUUAACAGAACAGAAACUGUAAACGCAUCUUUUAUUUCAAAUCCCAGACUCUCUGCAGCAAAGAAACAGGAUCCCUGCAGUCCAACCAAAACUGCCAGAACAACAGGGCAACAAAAGCAAAUAAAUGGACUUCUAAGCACCAGUGGCUACCGGCAUAUGCUUCACGAGCAUGAUUGGAAACCAAUUAAUUUAUCUGGUCGCCCACGUUCAGCUGACUCAAGGUCAAACUAUGGAGUUGUUGAAAAACUUUUGAAAAACUAUGAAAAAUCAACAGUUACUUCUUUGUAUAAUUCUAAAUGCUGCAAAGAUAAGUGGACACAGUCAGAUUCUGAGUUCACAGAUGGGAGUUGUGAGACAUUGAGUCAGUAUUUCGAAAUGCUCCAGGGAGAGCAAGGAAAGCAAGAGUUUCAGAGAAAUUCAGCCAGGUGUGUUGGGAAGCAAGUCAAACAAGGCAAAGAGAGACAGAAGUUACCAGAGAUAUCUGUGCCAGCUAAAUGUUCAACUGGGAAAGGCUUCUCCCGGCCAGCGCGACCAGCAAAUCGACGCUUACCUUCCAGGUGGGCAUCCAGAUCACCUUCAGCACCACCUGCUGUGAGAAUGACCGCACACAGUUAUUCUCUCUCACUUCAGUCAAAGACGGCAGUUGUCUGAACUCAAGGAUGAAUUUGAUGAUGUUGUGAAAUGUGAAAACUCUGCUCCUCUUUAUACCUGUGUGUUUUGUGGUUGUGAGAGCAACCAGUUCUACACUGUUGUAUAUCGUCCAAGAGUAAUCCUGUCACUUGACUUACUGGGCAAAGCAUUUUCAAUCUUAGAUCAUCAUCGCAGUCUUCAGUGUUUUUAUUGAUGAAAUAAUUAUACCCCUCGUUCGUUCGUUCAUUCGUUCGUUCUUUCUAUCUUUCUUAAAUGGCUCACAAAGAAUUCCUUUUGAAUGACAUCCUCCUUGGUUUGUCAGUCUUUUGAGUUGAUACAAUGUAUAGUUGUAUAUAUUCUGACUUUGCUGCAAACAGCAGAAAGUAAAGCUGUAUGCAUGAUCAUGUGUUUGUAGGUGCAUGUGUUGGAAUAGGAAGUAUACAGGUCUGUAUUUAGAAGAGACAAACUCUGUGCUAGUGUUGACAGUGAAAUGACAACAUAUAUGCCUAUAUAUACUUUGUGUUUAUUUAAAAAUUUUGAAAAUAUAAAGUCCUAAUGACAUUUAUAUUUUGUACAUCUUUUAUAUAAGUUCACAGGUGUAGUGAUUGCACCAUAAUUGCAGCGACAAGGGCUUGCACAAUAUGUAUCAGAAGCAGACUAGCUUAGUGGAUUCCUCAGACAUGCUUGAUGGCAUAACUGUUUGGUUUUUCAACCUUUACGAUGCUAGGGUCAAGGUAGAUGGGCGUAUUUUUUCUGAAUUAAAAUACUAUAUGAUUAGUACUAUGUUAGCUUUUUUCAUCACCUGAGAUAUUCCUAAAACUUUCCACUGCCUUAAAAUGCUUUAUAUGUGCCAUUUAAUAUAACCUACUGUAGGGAAUUAACUCCUAUAGUUUCAGCUAUAUUGUAAUAUACAGUUUAUGGAGGAAUGAAAAGGAUGGUAAGCAUGGCAUCCAAUUUCAAAUUUGUUUUCUUUAAACAGUGUAUUUAAAAGUAUAGCUACAUCAGAGAAAUUUAACCUGUUUACUUUCAGUGACAGCAGGAGAAUAAGGAAUGCUAUGAUUACCAAAUGCUGUAGUUAUGCUUUCUUACUUUGAUACUGGACUUCAUAGAGUGUAAGCCAACAGCUAACUUACUGCUCCCAUGAAUGGUAUAAGUGGCAGUCAGUUAUGAAGUUUACUUGCAUUCUGGCAACAGCCAACGUACAGUACAUAAAUAUUGCCUCAAGAGCUGAAGGAGGUAUGAUCAUUGUGUGCCAGGAGUCCUAGACUGAUGGCAUUAGAAGUAUGUUUUUGCUCUCAUCUGUUUGUAUAUUAUUGGCCGCUAGAAUGCUUUGUGUGUAGGCUGGCUUAUUCCCUUUCCACCGUUUGAAUGAAAUAUUGACACUAUUCAGCAUUUUUGUUCAACUUUCAUAAUGACAGUGUUCUCCAUUCCAGAAAUUUUGUACCCACCAUAAAGUUGCCAGAUGCAUAGUGUAGCAGGGUGAUGAUAAUUUUCCUUGAACAACCAGUUAAGAUAUUUCUUCAGUUUACUGAUAUUUACUGCCUACUUUUGAUCAUCAACUUGCUGAAUAACAUAGAAAGGAACAAAACCUGCUGUAUUCCUUGGUGCAUGUAACUUUAAUUAACAGAAAGUUAUGGAGGUAAACUAAUACGUCAAGGACAAGUCCAUUUUGUCAAGAUCUUCUGAGUUCCUCUAGUGCAUAUACUUUGGUUUUGACAACUAGAGAUCUCAGUAAUUUGUGCACUGUAAAUACCCUAGAAGGCUGUCUGGACAUACUGAUUUUAGAAAUAUACAACUACGGCUGUUUAAAAAUGAAGUUGUCUUUGCAGGAGUAAGCACGGCAGAGCCAGUCCCCAG